AUGCCACCCAAAGAGGAGAAAGUGUUGGGAGACCGGCUUGUCCAGCGCAAUGGAUUGCUGGCAAUUCGUGAUGCUUUGGAGAAGUUUAUCAUUCGGUACGAUCCUGCACGUCAUGCUUUUCAGUUGAGUGUUCGUAUAGAGUCGCUGGAUAGGGCUUAUGCACAAUUCAUGGAGGCGCAGGAUGCAAUUGAGAGACUGGACAAGGAGGAGUUUCUGGCAUCACACCUGGCGAAACGUGUCGAUUUCGAGCAGCGAUACUGCGCAGCGAAAGGCUUCCUACUCUCCAAGGUUCCUGUAGAAGCGAGCAACUCAGCUUUGAACACAUCCAUGAUGGCAAAUCAACACACUUUCUCGACAGGAUUCCACCUCCGUCUUCCAAAGAUCGACCUACCGAGAUUUGAUGGCGAUUUCUCACGUUGGUUGUCAUUUCGAGACACCUUUACGUCCAUGGUUCAUUCCAAUGGGGACAUACCAACGGUCGCCAAGCUUCAGUACCUUCUACAAUCGCUUGAAGGGGACGCAAAGAAGCCGUUCGAAUCAGUUGACGUCGAAGCUGACAACUAUGCGUCAACAUGGGACGCCCUACACAAGAGGUACGACAAUCGCCGUUUUCUCAAACGUCAGCUGUUUAGGACACUCUACGAGCUGCCAGCGGUCAAGCGGGAAUCUGCUAAGCGCAUCAACAGUCUGGUCGACGAUUUUCAGCGCCAUGUACGGGCGUUGGCGAAAUUGGAUGAACCUGUGGAGCAUUGGGAUACGCCGCUGGUGAACAUGCUGUCGUAUAAGCUAGACCAAUCCACAUUGCGAGCAUGGGAGGAGAAAACGAGCAGCCAGGACGAUGUCAAGUACGAGGAACUGGUUGAGUUCCUGUACCAGCGGGUGCGCGUCCUCAAUUCUGUCGGGCCAGAAACGUAG